GCUUUUUGCAAACCCCACCCACCAACACACACAUUAAUUAAAAAAAUGAGUCAACCAGAGCCCAAAACCGCGACUCCCACUGACGAGCCUACGAUCAAUCAAGAAGAAGAGAACCCUACCGUUGAAGAAGGUGAAUCGGGCGGUGAUGUUGACAAGGAAUUGGAAGCCAUGAAGGAACGAGUUAAAGAAAUGGAAGAUGAGGCUGCUAAAUUACGCGAGAUGCAGGCUGAAGUAGAGAAAUCAAUGAAUCCAGAAGAAGACAAAGAGGCGGUUGAUUCGCGCUCUGUAUAUGUUGGCAAUGUGGACUAUGGAUCAUCACCUGAAGAACUGCAAGCUCACUUCCAGUCUUGUGGCACCAUUAACCGAGUGACAAUUCUCUGUGACAAGUUCAGCGGUCAGCCCAAAGGCUUCGCAUAUAUCGAAUUUGCUGAACCAGCAUUCAUCAAUGCCGCCGUCGCAUUGAAUGAGAGCUUGUUCCGUGGUCGUUUGUUAAAGGUUUCGCCAAAGCGGACAAACGUUCCUGGAUUUGCCCAGCGUGGCCGCGGCCGUGGUGGUUUCCGUGGUGGUUUCCGUGGCGGAAUGAUGCCGUACUAUGGCCAUUCACCAGCAUAUGGCCAUCGUGGUCGUGGCAGAGGCCGUGGCCGUGGUGGUUACUAUGCUCCUUAUUAGUGUGUAGACAAAACUUGUUGCUUUUUUUCCGAGGAUGGGUAGUCUGUUCAGUAUCUUGCGUUUUAUCGAAACGAACUAUAAAAAGAUCUUCUGUUUAUACUCUCUUUAGAACAACCUCUUUGGAUGUGUUAUGUAUGUAACUAG